AUGUUCGUCGAGGUUCUCGACCAAUCUGCAGGCAGAUGGUCGAGACUACGGACAUGCUGCUUCGAUAGCAAUCCCAAAUGCAAGUGCUGUCCUUUAAGAACAGACACCACGGGCAGCAAGGGGCGCCUCCUGGUUGACAAAGCGCCUCGGGUGAAACCACAGGCCUGCAGCACGGCAGUUUGGGACGAAUCCAGCGGCCUGGAAGCCCAUGAGAAACCAGCUGUUGAUGGAUCGAAGGAUACCAUCGGACCUGAGUGUGGGGACCAGUUCGAAUCUCCCACUUCGUGGCAGGCUUGGUGGCAGCGCAAGCUGAAACCGGUGCGAGGUGUGACGGUGGAGGGAGUACCAGGCGCUGGAAAGAGGCAGCUCUGCCGUUCCAUAGCGGCCCAUGCGCCAUGGCUACGACCAUCAGCGACCGCUGAGGGGGGAUUCGCGCAGCCCUCGUCACGGACAAGAAGCCGAGAGACUCCCGCAUCGUGCCCAGCCAGCGGGGAGAGAGGCAUACCCAUAGAGGGUCUUUAUGAGAUCGAUUUGCGCCAUUACAUCAACCAUGGUGCGCCGGUGCUCGCCACCGAGUGCCUAAUUUUGACCAAAGGCGCGUCGAGCGCACGUAACGGAAGAGCGGAACAUGCAGAGCGCGGAGGUCGGCGCUUCUGCGAGUCAGCGUCACCCAGCAGGCUUUCGCCGUCGGCAGCUCUGGAAGAAAUCCUCGCGAGGGUCACUGAGGAAGCUCGCAUCCGGCGUUCCCUCUUUCGGCUGUGGCUCCUGCAGACGUUGCGGGAAAGCGGAUUCAAGGGCGCUUUGCGUCCGACUGCUGGAUCAAACUCAGACGCCAACAUGCCAGCACCGCUGGCCGCGACAGGUGUCUGUACAGCGGAGGUAGCGGGCGACACCCCGUCACGUUCUGGGCGCCGUCUGUCCAAAGGCAGCGGAGGCGCUGCAGCCCGCUCCAUCAGUCGUGUCUGGGAUGUUGCCGCUGGCGGAGGUUGCUGUUUCCUUGUGAUUGACAAUCUGGAGCUGCUUCGAGCCUCAGAGACAGGGGACUCUGAGGGCCAUUCUUUCGCCUCUCAGGCAGAAGCGGAAACCAGGAAGAACAUCGCGCCGCCUGCCGCAGCGCUGGUCGUGGAAACUCUGUGCCGAUUUGUUUCCUUGUGGCAUGAAGAGAAUUUACGCAUUUUCAUGUUUGCGCCUCUUGAGCCUGGGUCCGCCGCUCGUCUGAACACGGGGAAGCGGCGGAGCACGGCUUGGCAGACGGAGGAUGGCGCAGCUUCUCGCUCCCUGUCUCUUCAUCAGCUCCUGCCUCGGGAACUGCUGCGACCCGGCUUCUUCGAACGUCGCAUAUGCCUCCCGGACACUCUGCACGACGAGGAGAGGGCUGCAAUAGCGGCUAGCGAGUGGACGGCUGGUUACCAACCGGCGGAUCUUCGGGCUCUUGUCCGAGCAGCAGCACAGGUGGCGUUCCAGGGCGACGUGCGCAGAGCUGUCUCUGCGCAGGUCUCGGCGCGUGCCUGCGUUCGGGAUGUAUUUGAGGAUCUUCAUCAGGAAGCUGCAGGGGUAGACCUCCGAAACGGGAGACCAAUUGCAAAAAAACCCUGUCACUUGUUCACGCUGGACAACUUCCGAAUUGCUCUGCUGGGUGCAGGGGGUAGCCCGGUUGCCCGAAUUGCCUCCAGCUUGCAGGUAGUGCCACACGCCCCUGAUCCGCCCAGCGGUAAAGGAGGGUGCGUCGCGUUCGGCGUCGGCCGCCUUGGUGGCAUGCAUCGCGUGAUUCCUCUUUCGGAAGACCAGUUGGAGACAGCGACUCUUGCCUCCUCACGAGCGGAAAGGCAUCCGGCAGGCAACCCAAGGAGCACGCCGCAGGAUGCCGAUGGAGCCGGUGACGGACAUCGAAGGGAGACGGCUCUGGAGGAAGGCAAUCUGGCCAACAUGGCUGCUCGACAUGGUGACACAAUCGCAGCAAGUGAAGCAGAAGAGAGUGGGCAACAGGGAUCGGUGGCUGAUUCGGCUGAUGUGGAGCCGCUUGUCAAUAGAAGCUACCGUCUUGUCCGGGGCUUUUCGGGAAUUAUCGGGCAAGAUGCCUUGAUAAGUCAACUGCGGCGACAGGUUAUUGAACCUGUCCUCACGGACAGGCUCUUGAAGAAUGCCGCAAUAGAUACUGCUGCUAGGAGAGCAGCGCCUGUCGGCGUCCUUAUCGCUGGCGACCCAGGGACGGGGAAAAGUCUCCUCGCUGCGGCCAUUGCCCAUGAGCUUCGCUCUACCCUCUUGGUGGUUUCACCGGGGGAGUUGCUUCGAGCCACGCUUGGGUCGGCGGACAAGCAACUGAUGCGGAUCUUUGAUAUUGCUGAAAAGGCUGCUCCCUGCGUCUUGUUGAUUGAAGAUAUUCAUUUGCUGGCCCCGGCUACCGACAUGUCUAGCGAAAAACAGACUCCCCUGCAUGUCCUGGAUGGAGAUGAUGGCGCUUCUGAAGGAUUGAGUACAAGCAGAGAAGGCACCUGCAAAAGGCUGCCCCCGCGCGGGGGUCGCGGCGCCUGUGGCGGCCGCUUGCUGCACACCUUGCUUCUUCGUCUCGACCAUCUCCGACGACAGCGCCAAUUCGGGCGACAAACCGCGAGCAGCGUGGCCAGAGCUGCGGGCAUUCUGGUGAUCGGGACGGCUGACAGAGGAAUGGGUGUUGACUCGCGCCUUUUGACCCGCGUCGAGUGA